GGUUCAUCAGGUUCUUCCACUUCCGCUCGUUUACCCGGAAACACUCGGUUGGCCUUGGCAACGUCUAGCUGGCCUCACUCCACUGUGAAGCAUAAAGACAGCGAAGGGAAAUAUCAAAGAAAAGAUUAAAAGAAGGAUUGGAUUCGUGUUCUCCAACCCUCUCAUCACCCUCAGAGGAGCGACGAGCGGUGCAGACUGCAACCAGAAUGACAAGCUCAUCUGCUCCAAGGAUGGUGAACAGUUACAAGAGGACGUCCAGUCCCCGGUCGCCCACAAACACCGGGGACCUCUUCACCCCCGCUCACGAGGAGAACGUGCGCUUCAUCCAUGACACCUGGCAGUGUGUACUCCGAGACAUCAGGUCAACACAGAACAGCGAACGGAACGAGCGCGGACCACAGGAGUAUGUGGAGAAGAACCCCAACCCUAACCUCCAUUCUUUCACACCAGUGGACCUGAGUGACCUCAAGAAACGCAACACACAAGACGCCAAGAAGUCCUAGUCUCCCACCGCUGCGCCUCCAACUUUUUUAUUUAGUUUCUCCUCAACCUUUUAUCUUUGGGAACUUUUGGCUCUCAGUCCUCCAUCAGCCAGCACAUUGGCCCUCAUCGCUGAACCCCGCCCGCCGGUCACCCGUCCCUUUGCUCUCUCUUCCUCUCUUUCUCUCCCUCUGCCCUUUUCUGAAAAUCCUUAUGAGGGCUUGGUUACAAAAAACGUAAAAAACAGAACAUUUCCAGUUUCAUAAUCAGUUCUCUUCAUGUCAUUGAAGGUUAAGAUUCUUCGUAUACAUACAUUUUUUUAACCAAUGGAACUGAUGCAGAACAUCAGACGAGGGGGCGGCUGAUGCCAGGAGCAGACUGUUCUCAACCAGGAGAGGAGUCUCUCACCGAUACAAACCUGUUUCUGUACCAACCCGACCGGGGCGACGGGCCAAGGACUGACUUCUAUUUUUUGAUCUUGAAAGUUUAUUAGAGUAAUUUUAGAAGUAUUGGAAUGGUCUUAUUUUGAAAGCCAAAUGCUAUGUAGAAUGCCAACGUGUGUUUCUUUUUCUUUUUUUAAAUAAAGAUUCCUGUAAAAGGAAGUCUCUUAAAACGGAUUUAAAGUAGAGAUCUCCUCCAAUAUGCUGUCCUAAAUUGACUUCCCAGCAUUGGAAACAUGUUGAAUAAAAUACUUUUACAAUAUUC